UGCCGUAGGAGGGAGACAGAGAGUGUGGAGGAGGAGGAAGAGAAGACUCACGCUGCGGGCGUCGAGCAGUUGCGUUGCUCUGCUCUGCAUCCCCGGGCUCAUGAAUGGAGCACGAUAGGAUGGGUAAACACGAAUAAACAAAUCAAGAAACAAAAAAACAAAAAAAAAAAAGGGGGAAAAAAAAGAAGAAGAUUUGUUCCUUUUUCCGAAGUAGCUUGACAUGGGGAUUUUAAAGCUUGCAAGUGUGUCGGAAUUUCGGUAAAUAUGCUUCAUGUUUUUACUGAGACAGAAUGGACAGGAGCCGAUGACAGAUAUUGUGAAAGUGGGUCGCUAUACCCAAGCCCUUCCUAGCCGCUAAGGACUGCUUCUCAUCAUCAUCAUCAUCCGUUAUCUCUGUUGUAAGAGAGAAAAAAUAAAAAAUAAAAAAAAAAGAAAAAAAGAAAAAAAGAAAAAAGACAAAGGUGCUAAUCAAGCAAUGGCGACUGUAGAUGAAGAGAGUGAUGAGCGUCACCAAUCUCGCAGCUUGGAAAGAGGCCGAGGUAGGCGACACAGACGGCACCGUUCGGACAGCCCCUCAUCUCCUAAACGGAGGCGCAAGCGCUCUCGAUCUUCUAGUGUUGAGGACCGCAAACACAAAAAUCCAGCUGGAGAAAGUAAUAAACAUGGUAGGAAGGGAGAUAGAGAAAGUAAUAAACUCCAGGAACUCAGUCACAGGGAUGUAGAAGGUGAUUCGGAACGAGAGGAUCUUGAGGACAGGAAUGUGGGUGGUUCAAAAGUUGGGAAAGGCAGCGAGGAAGACGAUCGUGAAGGUGUUAGGGUUGGGGUUAGAAAGAGCAGCAGGUGUGAUCGAAAAGUAGAAAAACAUUCCGAAGAUACAAGUGAUGACGAGGAUCCAGAUUCUGACGAUGAUAGUGACAGUGAUAGAGGAAGGAAAAAGAGGACAAGAUCUAGCGGUCACAAGCAUCGUAGUGAGAAAAAGUCCAAGAGUAAGCUUCGGGAUGUACGUUCAGGGUCCGAGCAGGAUCAGUCUGAGACUGAAGAUACAUCUGAAGAGAGCUCAGAAGACAGCGAAGAUGACUACAAGAGAGCAAAAAGGCGGAAGCGACAGAAACAAAAGGAAAGAGAUGAGCGUGAGAGGAUGGAGGAACGUAAACGGAAGAGGAAGAACCGGAAGUUGAAAGAGAAAGAACGAGAACAAGAGAAGAGAAAGAAAAAGAAAGAGAAAGUGGAGAAACGAGCCAGGGGGCCAAUAACUGAGUCAUGGGGUAAAUACGGGAUCAUUAAAGAACUCGACAUGUGGACAAAGAGGCCGGAGUUUAGUACCUGGUUAGCUGAGGUGAAGAAGGUGAAUCUGGAGACCUUGACAAAUCGAGAAGAAAAGGACAUGUUUAAGCAAUACAUGGAAGAUUACAACACAGCGACUUUUCCUUCCAAGAAGUAUUACAAUAUUGACAUAUAUCACCGUAGAAAAACAACCAAGCAGAGAUUGAAGGGCAUGAAGGACAUGCUGGCCAAGAAAACCGAACGUACCGAGUUCAAUGAUGAGGAACAACGGCGGCAAGAGCUCAUGGCGGAGCGAGCGAAGCAGAAGGAGACAGAAUUGGACAAGAUUAAACGCACAAUGAUGGAAACUGGCAUGGGAAAAGCUAUGAGAGAGCAAGCUGUGCUGCGUGAGGAGAUGCAGUACCAUUAUCGGGUGGGCAAUGUUGAGGCUGCUGAGAAGAUACAGAGACGUCUUGAGCCAGAUGUACCAGGUGCUCUCUAUUGAUCUGUCUGGCCUACCACGAGAGCAAGAGUCGCUUUGUGGGCAAUCCCUCUGAACAUUUAUGUAUGUUCGUGAAGAAAAAUAUGUUUUUUUCCAAUAUCGAAGCUUCUCUAGAGUACUGCAAUCUGCUCUUGACAGUAAUUGGAGUAUUGUGUCAUUUUCAAGCCUGCUCGUGUAUUUACGACUGUAUACACUGCAUUUCUAGGAUUUCUGCUGAUCUGGACGUAGAGAACGUAACGAAUAGGAUUGAAUGGGACGAUGUUUCUGUUUGAGUUGGUAACACUGUCUCCGAGUGAUGUUAUUGGCUAGAUGACUUUUGUGCUCUUUUCUUGUAGUAGUGAACAUGCCAACAUUUAAUCGGAUUUUGAUGUUCAAACCGAAACAAACAGUUCAAUUCUCUCGGCAUCGAUACGUGAAGGGCUUGCAUAGUUGUAAAGGUGAAACCUUUUGCAAUAGGACAUGUAGAUUUCAGAUGAACAUGAAUUGAAGUGAGCUAUAAAAAACUGGUGUAAAAGAAAUCUACAGUAAUAUGUAUUUUUUGAAAAUAUGA